UUCUCCUCACCCACACGGCUCCAUGGAUCAGUUUCACCGAAUCUAUUGACUUUGAUUUUCAUAACCAAAACGGUUAAAGGCACCUGUGUACUGGACCAUCAUGCCCUUUUGAGGGUGCAUGCCGAUUUUAUUCGCAUCAAGGAGGAAGCGGCAAGUAAUUUCUCGUUUUCUGGAUACCUCGAAUGUUUGAGAACAUGUUUUCGUCAGCAGGCAAGCGUUGCUUUACUAUAGAGUCCUUAGUCGCCAAAGAGAAUCAUUUAACUACCGAAGAUCCCAUCCGACCAACGGCACUAAGUUAUCCCAACCCCACAGACGCUUUCAUGAACACUUACCAGGGUCCAACAGGAAGGUCAAUAUACCAAAACCCGGAGCUCGUGUUCCCUGAGGCGGUGAACCACCACUCACUGACCAUGAACCCUCACCAGCUAGGAGGGCCGCAUCUUCAGCACCCGCACUUCUUUGGGACCCAACACCGAGACCCACUUAAUUUCUACCCGUGGGUUUUAAGAAACAGGUUCUUUGGACACAGAUUUCAAGGCAACGAUGUUUCCCAAGAUAGUCUUCUCCUCCACGGCCCCUUCGCCAGGAAACCCAAACGCAUCCGCACGGCGUUCUCGCCCUCGCAGCUGCUGCGUCUGGAGAGGGCCUUCGAAAAGAACCACUAUGUGGUUGGAGCCGAGAGAAAGCAACUGUCCAACAGCCUCAAUUUAUCGGAAACACAGGUCAAGGUGUGGUUUCAGAACCGGAGGACUAAGUACAAACGUCAAAAGCUGGAGGAGGAGGGUCCGGAUAGUCAGCAGAAGAAGAAAGGCAACCAUCACAUCAACCGCUGGCGCAUUGCCACCAAGCAGGGCAGCUCCGAGGACAUCGACGUCACCUCAGAGGACUAAGCUGCCCCUCCAAGUCUACGAGGACCAACACCACUCCUAUUUAUUGUGUCAUGUUGUUGAGUAUAGUUAGAAGACUGUACAGCAAGGACUAGCGAGUGAUCAGCUCAGUCACAAGCGGGGAAGAGCUGGGGUGCAUGAUGCACAGACUCAGAACUUUACGACACUUGCGUCCUGCAUUUCUCUGAACUUAUCCCAACACAGCCCCCCCCCCCUCCCCCCAUACAGGUCCUCCACCCCAUGAUACUAUCUGCCUGGUUGGUGAGGGGUCUCCAGGUAUACAGCCAACCCUCCCAUGCUGCUUCUGUUUGGUUGUGUUUAGUCCUGUUUGUUGUAUAUAGCGUUCGGGUACCCCCGUCUACGACGUCACAACAACCACCUCGUUUCUGCAUGUGUCUGUAAAAUUACAGAUAUUAACCAAUCGUUUUCCAAACCCUCAUGCUGUUGCCUGUUUGCCCACAAGGAAUCACACAGUCCUUCAGUGCUUCCUGCAGCUAGCAGCCUUCUCAAAGCCACACGUGGCCAGUCCUGCUUAGGCUGCUGCUGGCAGACCAACCACAGCCCAUAUAUUCAAUGAAGAGUUGCUUGAGCAUUCUUGGUAAAUUAUAUAACUGUUAUUUAUUUUUCUGUCAGAUGAAAAAAAACGACAUUACCAUGAACAGAUUUUGUUUCGUUUUUUUUGUUAUUACCUCCUUUCCACACAGCGUGUUCCUCUCUGAACUCCAGUACCGGAGCAGGCUGGUGGACGCUUGCAUGGAUGACAGGGAUUCUUUGACUGACAGAUUCAGCUCAUCAGUCUCUGGUGUGAUGGAAUGAUCUAGAACUAUCUAAAAUUAACUCAUUAUUUCCAUUAUCUGGAUCCAGCACUGAUCUAUGGUUAACAACAUACAAAAUACAUUGUCAAGCUACCACUGUUAUAAAAAAGUUUUAGAAAUAAAAGCAUAAAAGAAACACGUUAUUCGUCUCAUUUGUGAUCUAUGCUGCUAGG